CUUUAAUUAAGCAUAAAAAAUACAAAAAAAAUAAACAACAAGAAGACAAAAUUUUAUUGAAAAUUAUAGUUGCUCGAAAAAUGAUAGAAAAAUUACCAGAAAAGUUUCACUUUACGUGGAAAAAGGUUGCUGUUUGGUUGAUAAUUUUAAUGGUAUACACAUUUAUUGGAACAUUUAUUUUUGUAUAUCUCGAGGAAUGUAGAGUCAAUCCAGAGACGAAAACAUUGCAAAAUAAAAAAAACAAGUUUAAAAAUGAAACUAUAAACUUAAUCAAGUUAUGUGCAGAAAUAAAGGAAAUAGUUAAUUUUAAAAACACCACGGAAUACCGUGUUUAUUUGGUUAAUUAUCCUUUUUUAAAUAACCUUUGCGCUCAAACUGAAGAGCAUUAUAAAUUAAACGAGACACAUAAAGAAGAGGAAAUAUUUUUAAAACAUAAGUGCAAUAUUUUAAAUUCAACUUUGAUAUCAAAGUGGAGCGCGUUUUGUUUGGUUUCGGUAUUAACGAUUGGAUACGGUGAUGUUGUUCCAAAAACAACACCUGGGAAAAUUCUGACAAUAAUUUACAUUAUGAUAGGAAUCCCUCUAGCACUGUGUUUUAUCUCAAAUUUGUCAGAUAACUUGCUUUCUUUGCAUUUUUUAGCUGUAGAUUGCAUAGAAAAAAAAUUGUUUCAUAAAACGAAACCGACUUAUUUUUAUUUAAAAGCGUUUACGUUAAACAUCGUGAUUUUAGUUGUGUGUGUUGCUUUAAUGGUAUUUCUUCUAUGCAUGCACGACAGUUCUUUAUCAACCUUCGAUUCGUUUUAUUUUGUCAUAGUAACAAUGACGACGGUUGGUUAUGGUGAUUUCAGCUAUAACUCAAAUUACUUAGAAAGCGUAUCUAUGUUUUGUAUCUCCAUGGUUGAAAUAGCAGUCUUUUUGAUCUUGUUGUCAAUGUUUGGAAGUAUAUUUAAUCUUCUCUCUAACAUGGCUGAAAAAAAAAAGUUUAUAUGCAGUAAGAAUUUAAAGGAAAACCAAACUAUGGAAUACAAUUGUCCAUUUUUACUAAAAAUUACUGAAUGAUAGCAAAUUAACCUUAAUGUAAUUUCCUGCUUUUGACAACUUGAAAAUAAAAUUACCGUAAAAGUUUAUAUAUUAAAAAAAAUGUUUUAAAAAUUUU